UCCUCAGUGGUCAUAUUGUUUUUAUACAGCGUGCUACGUCCUACGUCACCACGUUGACCCCGAAGCGGAAGUGGACACGUGGGGUUGAAUUGAACCACCACGCAUGUUGUGCUGCUGCGAAACUAAUUCAGAAUCAGAAGUGAACCCUCCUCACCAUCAUCAUGGCUGUGAGAGCAUCGUUUGAGAAAAACAACGAGAUCGGCUGCUUCGCCAAACUCACCAACACGUACUGUUUAGUGGCCAUCGGCGGCUCAGAGAACUUCUACAGUGUGUUUGAAGGAGAACUGUCUGAAACCAUCCCAGUGGUUCACGCUUCCAUCGCGGGCUGUCGCAUCAUCGGGAGGAUGUGUGUGGGGAACCGUCACGGCCUCAUGGUGCCCAACAACACGACAGACCAGGAGCUGCAGCACAUCAGAAACUGUCUGCCCGAGGCCGUGAAGAUCCAGAGAGUGGAGGAGAGGCUGUCUGCGCUCGGUAAUGUCAUUGCCUGCAACGACUACGUAGCGCUGGUCCACCCCGACCUCGACAGGGAAACGGAGGAGAUCCUCGCAGACACUCUGAAGGUGGAGGUUUUCCGUCAGACAAUAGCAGAGCAGGUCCUGGUCGGCUCUUACUGCACGUUCAGUAACCAGGGAGGCCUUGUCCAUCCCAAGACGUCCAUAGAGGACCAGGACGAGCUGUCCUCUCUGCUGCAGGUCCCACUCGUGGCCGGCACAGUGAACAGGGGCAGUGAGGUCAUCGCGGCAGGGAUGGUGGUCAACGACUGGUGUGCGUUCUGCGGCCUGGACACCACCAGCACAGAGCUGUCCGUCAUCGAGAGCAUCUUCAGACUGAGCGACGCAGCACAGCCCUCCGCCAUCGCCACCAGCAUGAGGGACUCGCUGAUUGACAGCAUGGCGUAAGCUGUCUUCAGUUUCCUGCCGUCAAAGAGCUCUGCUGCCGAUCGCCCGGUCUCAAACAUGAAGUCAACAAGCUGCUGGACCUCGUUUUCUCAACUUAAAAAACACCUCCUUUCACACAGUAAAUCUCAAUUUUACUCACAAGCCUCAGCUCCCACCUGCAGCCACAGCGCUCCGAUCAUUUUGUACCUUUUUAGAUUUUCCAAAUCCUUUCCUCUGGUUACCUCAAUCAGGUCUCUGCAGUCAGACAGUCAUCAGUUUAUGGUGAGAAAUCCUGGCAGCCAUUCAUCCAUCGACUCAAAUCUUAAUUUGACUGGGUCUAGAGGAGAGAAUACCUUAACGUUUCUCAAAUGAGAGACUAAUAACUGUUAACAAAAGAAGAAACUAGUGCAGGAGGGUGAAAGAAAGCUGUCUGACAAGAUAAGUUUUAUAUUUCAGCCUUUGAUGCUCUAGUGAACGAAUGAAACAGGUAGAUUUAACAUCUCUCCCACUGCGGAGGAGAAACUAAGCUUUGCUUUGCUAAAAUGAUUAGAAAACUGAAUUUUUACACGUGCCUGUAUCAUUAAAAAGUCAUUUUUUUGGUUGGAGUGUGUGUGUGUAACCCUGAUGGGAAACUAUCACAUGCUUUAGCAGAAUCACCUCCUGAUGAUUCAGAAACUCUUUUUGUCACUUGUAGUCGGUCAGGAAUAAGGAUCUUUUGUUGCCUGUAGCUGUAAGAGAUUCCUGUCGACAGAAACUCAAACUGUAAAGUCCCAAACUUCUGACAUUAAAGGUGUACUCCUGUGUUUUUAAACCUGGGAACUAUUUUUUUCAAUGUUUUCUUACAAACUACUCGUAGGUUUUAAAAGUUUAGGAUUGCUCCGGUAGAUUCCUUCAGCUAGGAGCUGUGAUACAGGCCGUCAAGGCUGCAACAUAAUCCUUGCAGGGAAUGCACCCAGAGCAUCAGAGUGCGUCCACUAAAGGUUCUCGUCUUUGUCACUAACGGGCUCAAACUGUUACUUAAAGUGUUUGACAACAUUGCCAAAAUGAUCUUUUUCAUUGAACUGUUGCAACACAACAGAUAAACAUCAGCUUCUGACCUCAGUGCACGGCACAUUAUUUGAUCAAUCUUGGCCGAAACUGAAGUUGAGCUGCGGUGCAUCCCUCCUUUUUAAAUGUAAUCACUGUAGUCUCCAUAUGUGUAGAGAAUAGGGCCCAAAUUAAUAAAUGCAGGAGUUCCCCUUAUGAGUCAGGAUGUUAUCAAAGUGACAGAGAAACUCUUGAUUGAAUAUUGUCGGCUGUAGUGAACUGAAAGUGUACACCAUGCAGUAUGAUUUAUGCUCGUGUUAUUACACCAACACUGUGUGAAGAAGUAAACAGAUCAAAGCAGAGGUUAGUGGAUGAAAUUUUUCUUAACAAUCAAAAUGUCUCAUCUGUAUUGUAAAAUAAAAUAAAUCACCCUCUUUUUAUCUG